GAGAGAAAAAAGAGAGAGAGAGAGAGAGAGAGAGAGAGUGAAGGGACUCUCAGAAAAUAGAGAGGCUAACGAUUUUUUUUUUUUUUUUUCUUUCUUUCUUUCAAAUUUUACAAAGCUACACCUCAUUUUCACAGACAUUUGCGUUUCGUUACGGAAUCAGAAUUUUAAAUGAGUCGUUUAGGGUUUAAAUCCGUGGUUUAUCACGGUGACCUGUGUUUGGGUGAGCUAGACACUAUCCCUAUCCCGGACCAGAAUUUCCAGUUCCCAAACAACGAGAUUCGAAUCCACCACAUAUCUCCACAAAGCGAACGGUGUACUCCACUCGCUAUUCUCCAAACGAUUUCUUCAUUCUCAGUUCGUUGCAAGCUCGAGUCUUCGCCGUCGUCGUCGCCGCCGUUUUCGUCGUCCUUGCCGCUCGAACAGCAGUCUCAUUUGAUCCAACUCCACGCGUUGUGUUUCCGCGAAUUCAAGACUGCGGUGGUAGUGAUCGGAGAAGAAGAGAUUCAUUUAGUGGCAAUGCCGACUAAGCAACAGAAGUUUCCGUGCUUUUGGUGCUAUUCGGUUCCUAUUGGUCUGUAUAAUUCGAGCCUAGGGAUGUUGAAUCCGCGGUGUCUAGCGAUCGUGUUUGAUCUCGACGAGACUCUUAUCGUGGCGAAUACAAUGAAGUCAUUCGAGGACAGAAUCGAGGCUCUUAGAUCUUGGGUUGCGCGGGAGACUGAUUCUGUACGUGCCUUGGGAAUGACUGCGGAGAUGAAGCGGUAUUUUGACGACCGAAGUCUGUUGAAGCAGUAUGCGGAGAACGAUUGCGUGGUGGAGGCCAAUGGGAAGGUUUUGAAGGUUCAAAUGGAGGAGGUUCCGCGGCUUCCUGAUAGCAGCGAGAGAAUUGUUCGGCCUGUGAUUAGAUUGCAAGAUAAGAAUAUUGUCCUUACUCGUAUCAAUCCCGAGAAUCGUGAUACCAGUGUACUUGUGAGAUUACGACCUGCAUGGGAGGAUUUGAGAAGUUAUUUAACUGCAAAAGGAAGGAAGCGGUUUGAAGUUUAUGUGUGCACUAUGGCAGAAAGAGAUUAUGCAUUAGAAAUGUGGAGGCUUCUUGACCCAGAGUCACACCUUAUAGGUUCAAAGCAACUCAUGGACCGUGUUGUUUGUGUCAAAUCAGGCUCCAGGAAAUCUUUGCUAAAUGUCUUCCAUGAUGGCAUGUGCCAUCCAAAGAUGGCAAUGGUAAUUGAUGACCGUUCAAAGGUUUGGGAAGAAAAGGACCAACCGAGAGUUCACGUGGUUCCUGCAUUCUCUCCUUAUUAUGCUCCGCAGGCAGAGACAGCCCAUGCUGUGCCAGUCCUCUGUGUAGCAAGAAAUGUUGCAUGCAAUGUCAGAGGUUAUUUUUUCAAAGAGUUUGAUGAGAAUUUUUUACGAAGAAUCUCUGAAGUCUUUUAUGAAGAUGAGGUGGUAAAUUUACCCCCUGCUCCUGAUGUGAGCAACUACAUGAUGUCAGAGGAUGCUGGAUUUGUACCAAAUGGUAAUACCAAUGCUCCCAUUAGUGAAGGAAUGAAUGGUGUUGAAGUUGAACAGAGAUUAAACAUGAUGGAUGAGAAGUCUGUUAACGACUCAGGUGCUCAUUCAUUGACAAACAAUCCUGACUUAAGAUAUGAAACCUCUCAGUCACCUGUUGCAAUCAUACCGAAUGUCAUUGGUCAUGCACCUUCAAGAACACUGAUGCCUUCUCAAAAACCUGGUUUGCUUGGAGCACCAGUUACUCGUGAUUAUGAUAUGAAGAGAGGAAUCCUUACAAUGAAGCAUGGUCUAGAUCCAAGGAAUCAAAGCUCAGGUGAACCUCCUCUUUUGUCAAGAUUACCUACACAAGCACCAUCAUUGAUGCAGCCGCAAGGAGGCUGGUUGGUCGAAGAUGAUAUUAGUAGAGGACCGUUAAAUAAUCGACCCUUGGGAUUUGUUCAAGAAGCUGAUUCAUCAAAACCUGAUAAGCAGCGUGCCCAUCUAAAUCCAUUUUCUCCUAUUACACCAGGAUCUACUCCAACUGGUUUAGUCUCACAAACAUCCCAAAAGAUUGAAGAGACAUGUGCCGGUAAUGAUUUGCAAAAACAAAUUCCUCCACCUGCAAGUCAGCUAUUAGAGGUUGGUGCGUCUAAAAAUCAGGUAUCUAAUAGCAGAGAAAGUCAAAGUGAUGCUGGAAAAUUGAACCUGCUACCUUCCCCUUUAUCUAUUGGAGUGCUGCAUGAAAUUGCACGGAGAUGCGACACCAAGGUUGAUUUCAGAUCUGUUGUGAGUACCAGUAAGGAUUUGCAAUUUUCUGUUGAGGUUUUGUUCACGGGUGAGAAGAUUGGGGUUGGAAUGGGUAAGACAAGGAAGGAUGCUCAUCAACAAGCUGCUGAGAAUGCCCUUCACAACUUAGCAGAAAAAUAUGUAUCAUAUAUUGCACCUCGUACUGGGGUCGUUGACAGAGAUUUUGAUAAGCUUUCUCUUGGAAAUGAAAAUGGAUUUAUAUGGGAUAUUGCUGGACCUGGAUCGAAUGAACUGCAAAGAGAUGGAGUGCCUAAAGAAAGCACGUCUGAGGCUACUAAAGAUGAACCUCGGAGCACUUCUAAUGUAACAAAUCAAGCACAAAAGCGUCCCAAUUCUCCAAGUUUGUCAAAUUCUAUUCCUAGUAAACGAUUGAAGGAAGAGCUAUUUCGUGGUUCACAAAGCCUACCCUUAUUUCAGCAACAGAAGAAUGGGCAUCCUGUUUCAUGAGAAACCCUAAGGUCUAGAGUUAGGCAUUUUAUUAGUUCAGCAUCUGUUUUUCCCUGACAAAGCUGGAAUUAUAGCUUUUGCUGAGGUGAAAAAUUCUCUUUCUUUAAAGUAGUGAUUGCAAAGAUGGGCUCUUUUUUUGUUUUGUUUUUUCCCUGCGCUACUUUUUCCAUCUUUUUACUUGGUGGAUAUGUCAAUGGUGAAACUAGCCCACAUAUUUUGUAUUGUCACCAUAUAGGCUUCCAUGUAAUAUUGCAAUUGAAAUUGUUUAGCCGGUUACAA